AUGCAUCACGGCAACGGGAACAACAUCCCACGCAUCAGGACAGCUGUCCUGGGCCUGGCCAAGGCUACCUUUCUUGGCCUUGCCGCCGCCGCUCCUAUAAAGACUCGCGGUCACCACGACAAUGAGCCCGAAGCCGAGGGAGGUGCGCUAUGGAUACUCUACGUCGUGUCGAUGGUCCUUGUGCUCAUGGGGGGUGCCUUUGCUGGUUUGACCAUAGCUCUCAUGGGCCAGGAUGAGAUCUACCUACAAGUCAUAUCCCUCGAUCACGAAGAACCACAAAGGAAGAACGCGAAGCGCGUCCACGACCUGCUGAACAAGGGUAAACACUGGGUGCUCGUGACCCUGCUACUGUCCAAUGUCAUCGUCAACGAGACGUUACCCGUCGUUCUGGACAGGUGCUUCGGCGGUGGCAUUGCCGCUGUUGUUGGUAGCACUGUCCUGAUCGUCAUCUUCGGCGAGGUCAUACCGCAGUCCUUAUGUGUUCGUUACGGGCUGCAAAUCGGCGGCUCCAUGUCUAAGCCCGUUCUAAUAUUGAUGUGGAUAAUGGCCCCAGUGGCUUGGCCCACUGCAAAGCUGCUCGAUUGGCUGCUGGGUGAAGACCAUGGAACAGUCUACAAGAAGAGUGGUCUGAAGACACUGGUCACUCUGCACAAGUCGUUGGGCGAGGUUGACGAGAGGCUGAACCAGGACGAAGUCACCAUCAUCAGCGCCGUCCUCGACUUGAAGCGCAAGCCUGUCGGCGAGGUCAUGACGCCAAUGGACGACGUGUACGUUAUGGCAGAGGAUACCGUGCUCGACGAGAAGACUAUUGACCAGAUCCUCGACGCCGGUUAUUCUCGCAUCCCAAUCCACCAGACGGGAAACCCAACAAACUACGUCGGCAUGCUCCUUGUCAAGAUUCUCAUCACGUAUGAUCCCGAGGAUGGGAAACGAGUCAGGGACUUCCCUCUCGCAACCCUCCCAGAGACCCGACCGGAGACUAGCUGCCUCGAUAUCAUCAACUUUUUCCAGGAAGGCAAGUCUCACAUGGUACUCAUUUCCGACUCUCCUGGCGAGGACCAAGGUGCUAUAGGAGUGGUGACUCUCGAGGAUGUCAUAGAAGAGCUCAUUGGGGAGGAGAUCAUCGACGAGUCCGAUGUAUACGUUGAUAUCCACAAGGCCAUACGAAGAUCUCACCCGGCUCCCAAGAUUCGGGCCCAGCGAAAGGACCUCAUGAAUAAGGACACGGCAGUCCAGGAUGGCACCCUCAUCGAUCUAAGCGAAGGUGAUAAUGUACGACCAGGUCCAAACCAGCGAACUGCCUCGGCCACUGGCAGUGCCGAAACACCUGGGCUAUCUAGUAGCCCGAAUAUGGCAAAGUUGUUGAUGCGCAGAAGUUCGGCUGGUCAAGACGGCCAAAUGAUACACACGAACGUACCCGUCAAGGCCAACUUUGAAGAUAUGAGGGACCACUUCAAACACCUUGGACCGUCGAAUAAAGCAUCCAAUCCAAAGGCCACUCGGGUCUCGGCAGUCAAGAUUAAACCUGGCACAUCUUCCAGCCCUUCCGGCCAGGGGCGGACAGGUUCUGUAGCGACGGAGACCACUACACAGGACCCAGACGCUGACGUGAAUGAGCGCACCAGCCUUCUCAGACCCGUAGCCAAGGAUGGCAUCCAGGCUCUUCAUCAGACCUACAAUGGCCCUUCCUUCACCAACAUCGAUGGCCAACCGAAGAUCACACUUCAGACUGAUGGUGGAAGCGAGACAUGGGAGCAAGCAGACCGUAGUGCUCAGUCAAAAAGCCAGGAUUCUAAUGAGGAUGAUACAUCGCCGACAGAUGGGGCAGAGACAGAUGCCAUUGGACGCAUAAAAGGAUAUGCGCGCAGCGGCAGCAUUACAGAGAACAUUGUUGAAGCCGGGGGCGUUCGCAAAGUCGUUCUCGAGGCCAAUAGUGUGUCGGACUUGGAGGACGCGUUGGAAGAUAUUGCAGAGGGCUCCACGACACACUCCGACGGUGACGAUGCAGCAGCUGGCAGUCAAGGCAAUGGAAAGAAGAAGAACCGUCGAAAGAAGAAGAAAGGAGGGAAUUAG